AUGGCGGUGUUGUUAGAAGAAAGUUUUCCGGCCAGAAAACGGCGGCCGUCAGCCGGAGCAUUCUUCUCGCCAAGCUUCUCCGAUAACAAGCUCCUCCAGUCCCUCUUUCUUCUCUCUCAAGAAAUCUUAUCUCUCUCACCACUCAGAAUUCUCCUCAAGAAAAGCUCAUCUUCAAUAACAAGGAAAUCAAGGCUCCUCUCCAUCUUUUUCGAAGAGCUUCUUCGCAACCCAGCAAACGUUUUUCCACCUUCAGCUGCCUUGUGCUUUGAAGAAUUGUACAUAGUUAUGCAGAGAAUAAAAAUUCUCCUGGAAGAUUGUUCCAGCUGUAGCACGAUGUGGCUGCUAAUGCAAACACCAUCAAUUUCGAAUUCAUUUCAUCAAUUGACAGGAGAAUUAUCGACCCUUUCGGAUAUUUUUCCGAUAAAAGAGUUGAAUUUAAACGAAGAUGUUGAUGAGUUGUUUAAUCUGAUCAAGAAACAGUGCUCAGAAAAGUCAUCUGAUUUUGAUUCUUACGAUGAAAAUCUUCGAGUUAAGGUUUUGAAAGUGCUGGAAGAUAUUAAAAGUGAAAUCGUUCCUGAUUCUACGACACUUUCAGAGAUUUUCGACAGAUUAAAUUUACGUGAUUCGACAAGUUGCAGUACUGAAAUUGAAAAUUUAGAAGAUGAAGUGCAAAAUCUAAAUGAUGACACAUCAAAAUCCGAUAUAGUCGCGCUGAUCGGGCUUGUACGCUAUGCAAAGUGUGUGUUGUAUGGUGCCUCAACGCCUAGAACCAUCAGCAGGAGGCGAAAGCCGGUGGUGGAUGUGAAUUUUCCUGCUGAUUUUCGGUGUCCCAUUUCGCUUGAUCUGAUGGGGGACCCUGUGGUGGUGUCCACGGGACAAACGUAUGACCGGUCGUCUAUAAGCUUGUGGAUCGAGUCAGGACAUAACACGUGUCCUAAAACAGGUCAGAACCUGGUCCAUACGCAGUUAAUACCCAAUCUGGCGUUGAAGAAUUUGAUAGCAAUGUGGUGCCGCCACCAGAGAAUCCCAUUUGAGUCAACAGAAACGAAUAUCAAAUCUAACGGCGUUGUUUUGAACAAAACCGCGUUGGAAGCCACCAAGAUGACGGUUUCGUUUUUGCUUAACAAAUUAACGGCGUCACAAUCGCCAUUAGCAUUAAAUCGUAUGGUUCAUGAGCUGCGGAUAUUGGCUAAGAUUGAUUCGGAUAGUCGUGCCUGCAUAGCGGAGGCUGGAGCUUUGCCUUUAUUGGUCAAAAUCUUAGGUUCGGAACACCCAGAUCUACAAGUUAAUGCCGUCACAACUAUUCUUAACCUCUCGAUCCUUGAAGCAAAUAAGUCUAGGAUAAUGGAGACGGACGGAGUUUUAAACGGCGUUAUCGAGGUAUUAAGGUCGGGUGCCACAUGGGAAGCAAAGGGAAAUGCGGCAGCCACCAUAUUUAGCUUGACAGGUGUACAGGCUUAUAGGAAAAGACUAGGUCGAACGACAUGUGUCGUGAAGGGAUUGCUCGAUCUAGCAAGGGAGGGCCCCACAAACACGAAAAUGGAUGCAAUGGUGGCAAUUUUAAAUUUGGCGGGAGACAGGGAGGCAGUAGGGAAGUUAAUUGAGGGAGGGGUGGUGGAUAUGGUUGCCGAGGUCAUAGAUUCCCUGACAGAGGAGGCGGUGACCAUCCUCGAAAUGGUGGUAAAGCGGGGUGGAUCGGCGGCAAUCGCGGCUGCUUAUCACCGGAAUAUGAUGAAAAAAUUGGCGUCAGUUCUGAGGGAUGGUAGCGAUAGAGCUAAAGAAAGUGCUGCAGCCACUCUAGUGAAUAUUUGCCGGAAAGGCGGUUCGGAGUUAGUGUCGGAGCUGGCCUCAAUCGCUGGAAUCGAGAGAGUGUUGUGGGAAAUAAUAGGAAUGGGAACAGGAAGAGCAAAAAGAAAGGCAGGGACAUUGAUGAGAAUUUUAAGGAGAUGGGCUGCUGGACAAAUUGAAGAUCAUGUUAACAUUGGACAAUCUACAACUGUGAUUAUGAAUUCAACCAGGAUAAUAUUGCCAGGAUAA